UUACCCGCGAAAACCAAAAAAGAAAAGGGAAAAAAAAAGACAAAAUUCCAUCCUUAAAUUCCGCAAUCAGAAGAAAAAUCUUAGGAGCAGCACAGUAAAGUAAAGAGAAGCAUAGAGUGAGUGAAUGUCACCGCUUUUAGCCUCGGAAAUUCUGCUAUCAAGUGCUAAUAUUCCUUGCGCUGAAAUCAUCAAUAAUCAUCAUCUCUCCCCCUCCCUCCUGCCCAAUAUUUAUUUUCGGCUUUCUUUUCUUUCAAAACCAAAUACCUAAGAAGAGCAGUUUGAAUGGAUUGGGCAGCGUUGAUGGAAGGAGAAGGAAGCAGAAUUGAGGGUAAGGAAAAUAAUAAUAAUAUUAGUAUUUUGAGUAGUUGUGGGAACGGAAAUGGGGUUGAAGUUGUGAAGGAAAUGAUGGAGGUGAUUGAGAAAGUGGGAUCCUACGCUGGUUUUAGAAAGACUCAGAGAAAAGAAUGUUUGAACUUAGUGAGGAGGUUGAAGCUUCUGACGCCUCUACUUGAAGAGAUUAAGGAGCUUCAUGCUGACGCUUGUCACCCACAGCCACACCCUCUCACUCACUUGCUAAUUAAUCUCAACACAGCUCUAUUGGCUUCUAAAAAAUUGCUCAAGACUUGUAACUCCGGCAGCAAGAUUUUUCUUGCCCUUGAGAGUGAAGCCUUGAUGAGCAGAUUUCAUGCUGUUUACGAUAAGCUAAACCAGGCACUUUAUGAUAUGCCUUAUGAGAAGCUUGGCAUCUCCGAAGAAGUUAGAGAGCAAGUUGAGCUAAUGCGUAUGCAACUGAGCCGUGCUAAAAGGAGGACGGAAACACAGGAUAUGGAACUCGCAAUGGAUAUGAUGGUUGUGUUCUCCAAAAACGAAGAUGACCGGAAUGCAGACAGUGCAAUCAUAGAGAGAUUAGCUAAGAAAUUGGAGUUGCAUACUAUGGCGGAGCUCAAAACAGAAACUAUGGCUGUCAGAAAACUUGUGAAAGCCAAGGGGGGCGCGCAUAAUAAAGACACCAUCCAGCAAGUUGUGGAUCUCCUUGCAAAAUUCAAGCAAAUAGCUGGAAUUGAUGAAAACAGUGUUCUUGACGGGCCUGCCUUAUUGAGGUGUCUGGAGAAAAGCAAAUCUUUGUUAAUACCUCAUGAGUUCCUCUGUCCAAUCAGUUUGGAGAUAAUGGCUGAUCCCGUUAUCAUCGCCACUGGCCAGACUUAUGAACGAGAAAGCAUACAGAGGUGGUUAAAUUCAGGCCACAGAACAUGCCCGAAAACAGGACAAAAGUUGAAUUACUUGACAGUGGCUCCAAACUUUGCCCUCCGCAAUCUCAUUCAGCAAUGGUGUGAAAGGAAUAACUACGACCUGCCAAAGAAGGAAAUUAGUGAUGAUCCGGACAUUGCUUCUUCUCCACUCGCCGAGGAAAUCUCCUCCUUGAUCCAAAAUCUUUAUUCAUCCCACGUAAAUUUGCAGAGAGAUGCUAUUUUCAGGAUCCGUAUGCUCUCCAAAGAGUCUCCGGACAGUAGAGUUUUGAUUGCCAACAGUGGAGGAAUUCCCCCCUUGGUUUACCUCUUGUCGUGCACAGAUUCUGAAAUCCAACAGCACAUUGUCACUGCUCUUCUUAACUUAUCACUCGAUGAGGCAAACAAAAGACUUAUAGCCAGAGAAGGAGCUAUUCCUGCUAUUAUUCAAGUUCUGCGUAAUGGAACGCAAGAGGCGAAAGAAAAUUCUGCUGCAGCUUUGUUUAGUUUGUCAAUCCUUGAUGAGAACAAAGUUCUAGUGGGUUGCUCCAAUGGGAUUCCACCUCUUGUGGAUCUCUUGAGAAAUGGGACAAACAGAGGGAAAAAGGAUGCUGCAACUGCGCUCUUCAGUUUAGUACUCAACCAAGCAAAUAGGUCAAGAGCAAUCAAGGCAGGCAUAAUCCCUCCGUUACUUCAUCUGCUUGAAGAUAAGAGCUUGGACAUGGUUGAUGAAGCCCUAUCGAUUCUAUUACUUAUUGCAUCACAUCCUGAAGGCAGAAAUGAGAUUGGCCGACUAUCUUUUAUACAAAUGCUGGUUGAAAUAGUGCGAGAUGGGACUCCAAAAAACAAGGAAUGUGCAACAGCUGUUAUACUAGAGUUGGGAUCAAAUAAUUCAUCUUGUCUGCUGGCGGCACUGCAGUAUGGUGUUUAUGAUCAUUUGGUAGAGAUCACAAGAUGCGGCACAACCAGAGCACAAAGAAAAGCAAAUUCACUUUUGCACCUGAUGAGCAAGAAUGAGCACAUACCCUUUGUCCCUCGGAAAUAGUGGUUGUUGCUGCUUUCGUGCCUGUUGCGGACUGAUUUCCUUUUUCAAUCUGAACAUGUAUCUAGCUGCUUUUGAAGUUUUCAACAACUACAAGCAAUAUUAUCGAAUGAAAAUGAAACUUUUGAAAA